CAAAUCCAAUCCGAUCCAAGAAACCGAAACGGUUUACAGUUCACAUCACGGUUCGCAUAUCCUUUGUGUUGCUGAUGAUGUCCCUGCACCAGCGAUCUGUCCAAAUAAUCGCUGCGGUUGCCGUUGGAUGGUACAGCAACAAGCUGUACGAUCGCCUGUCAUCAAAAAGCUCUCUUCACGCUGCCACCUUAAUCCCUGCCAGCGCCGGCUUGCCCGCUCAACUCGAACCAAAUGCGAGUCGUCCCUCUCAGAUCAUGCGAUUUGGAUUUCCUGGUACAGACUCCGUUAAGUUCCUAGAUGACUACGUACUUUCAUACGACCGUAGAAAUAGGGUGGCGCAUUGGGUUUUCGAGCAUCUAACGAAAGACACUCUAGCGUAUAACGACAAGGUUGAUAGGUCAAAGUGCGAGUUUACGGAAGAUCCCGAAGUGCAUCCUUUCUUUAGGUCGAGGAACGGCGACUACAAAGGCAGUGGCUUCGACAGAGGACAUCUAGCAGCAGCAGGGAAUCAUAGAAAAUGUCAGAAGGACGUAGAGCAGACUUUCUUCCUAAGUAAUAUGGCCCCGCAGGUUGGAAAGGGCUUCAACCGCGAUUCUUGGAACAGGCUAGAAAAGCAUGUUCGUCACAUGACCAAAAAGUACAAGAACGUCUACGUCUGCACGGGACCACUCUAUUUACCCAUGAUGGAGAGCGAUGGGAAGAAGUAUGUCAAGUACCAAGUGAUCGGAUCGAACCACGUUGCCGUGCCGACACAUUUCUUUAAGGUUGCCGUUGGCGAGACUGAAGGUGGUGAAGUCGACUUGGAGUCUUACGUCAUGCCAAAUACGGUCAUCGACGACAAUAUACCCCUCCAAUCAUUCCUCGUUCCCGUGGACACCAUAGAAAGAGCAUCUGGUCUGUUGCUCUUUGACAAGAUACCGAGAGAUCGAUUGAGGCUGAUUAAUGGCAAGAGCUCCAAGUAGUCGCGUCACCUGUGAUAUGAAUGACUUAUACUAAAAACAUUUUUUAAUUGUG